GUGCUGCAAGAACGAAGAAUAUAAUAGCUGGGGCUUCUUAUCUUGGCCCUAUCCUUUUCUUGGCACUACAUAGGAGCAUCUUGGGAGCCUUUAUCACAUAUGAACUCCAUUGGCCUAAAUGACAUGGAUUUGUUUGGCAUGCCCACAGGGAGGGGUCCACCAUGACAGUAAAACAAAUGACAGGGGAGAAUCUUAAAUCCCCUCCUCCACCCCCUCCUGCCUCACCAGAUUUGAUACACAUGCAAAUCCUGCUGGCUGUUGCUUCUCAGCAGGGCCAAAAUCCGUUCCUUUGGCCUAGCAGUAGCUACCACUACCAGGAGAUCUUCUUCUUCCCCCCCCCCCCCCCCCCCACCCCCCCCCCCCCUCCCCUCCUGUGAGAGGUGCCCAACAGCUUCGUCAGAGGAAUCAGCACUUCAGCGGAGACACACAGUCCAGGCCAUCGAACUGAUACUUGUGUGGUGGCGCGGGCAGAGAUCAAGAUGGAGAAGGAACACAUCAAGAUGGCCAUGCUGAGGCAAGAACAGACAUUCAGACAGCAGGUUCACGAGCUGCACCGCGUGUACCAGGUUCAGAAGCAGCUGAUGAUGCAGAUGCAGAUUGCCAAGACAAACAGCUACGGAAACGAAGCUGCUGAAAGGCAAACCAAACCGACAGAAAAACUCGAGCACCGACAGUGGUGUGGUAGCUCAGGCAAGACGGAGGCCAAGCUGGCCGAAGACUUCAGCCUGGAGCUGACACUGGCAACUGGGGCUGGAAGGAGGGGGGAGGAGGAGAAGCCAUCCAACUCAGACUCCGAAGCAACAAUGUCGUCAUCGACAUCUGCAGAGUCAGAGCCAGGGCAGGGGUUCGCGCCCAAGUCCGAUGUAACAAACCUAAGGUUCCAGAAUGAGAGCAGUAGGCAUGAUGCUCAGGUCUUGCAGUCUCCUUGGCGAUACCAAUGUUUAAGUCUCAAGAUGGCGUGAAGGGGUUAGGUUGGGUUGGCAUGGCAUGGGUGUACCCCAAGGCUCAAACAAAAGCAAGUGCAUUGCUGCAUGCAUGUAUGUAUGUAUAUUACGAUUUCACUGCAACUGUAGGAGCGAGCUCAAAAGAAGCAAAUGGAGCAUUUAUGGGGAAACAAAAAAUGAACCAAAUGAGAAGAAAAGGAUGAGAUAGAUUGUGUCUGUUA